CGCGAGCUUGCACUGUUUCUACCUCUUCAUCGUCUGACACCGUGACGCGACUCGGCAUCCUCUCACUGGUAUACUACGAUAUCACAUCACUCAAAAGGGCUAUGACCGCUGGCGGCUUCACUGCCCUCCCUUCGGCUGAAGAUGGUGUGCAUGAUGGUUCGAAAUGGCGCGGCGUAGCGCGAAUAUUAGGCCCCGCAUGGGCCAGGCUCCCUGCACUCACUGUGGGGCUGCUUGGAGUACAGACUGCAUGGUCGAUAGAGAUGGCGUAUGCUUCGCCGUAUCUUCUGGGAUUGGGUCUGAGUAAAUCCUAUAUGGCAAUGGUGUUCCUUGCAGGGCCUAUAUCGGGACUCAUUGUUCAACCUCUAAUUGGCGUUCUCGCUGACAACUCGAAGUCAAGUAUGGGAAGGCGGAGGCCGUACAUGUUAUCUGCUGCUGCGAUAGUUGCCAGUGGCAUGCUAUUACUCGGUUUCACGCGCGAAGUUUCUACGCUUUUCACAUCUAGUGAUUUACUGACUAUAUGGCUGGCUGUCCUGGCAAUCUACAUCAUCGACUUCUCUAUUAACGCUGUACAGGCAGUGGAUCGAGCUUUGAUUGUAGACACGUUGCCGACAAGAGAGCAAGCCGCUGGCAAUGCUUGGGCUGCGCGCAUGCUUGGCAUUGGCAGCGUGGCGGGUUUCUACAUCGGGAAUAUGGACUUGCCUGGUUGGCUUCCCGGUCUGGGCAAGACGGAACUACAAGUACUGGUCAUACUGGGGUCUGUUCUCUUGAUAAGCACUCACUUGGUCACUGCUUUCUGUGUGAAAGAGAGGAUCCUGGUUUCAUCCAGCCGUCCAACUGCAUCUUUCCGGAAAGAAUGUCGAGACAUCUGGGAUAACAUGCUUUCUUUACCCCGGGUAAUUCGUCAGAUCUGUUUCAUACAGUUUUUUGCCUGGAUAGGUUGGUUCCCGGUUCUCUUCUAUACGACAGCGUACAUAGGCGAUUUGCACGUUCGAGCGUCGUCUUUGCCAGCAAACGGCGAUCAUAGUGCUGUGGAAGCGGCGGGCACACGUCUAGGGUCUCGAGCACUCUUCUUUCACUCCGUGACGGCAUUGGCGGCGAACAUCGUUUUGCCGUUCUUCGUUGUCGAUAAUCAGGACAAGGGACGAAGUACAGCACUUUCGUUGUUCGAAUCAAAGACAGGAAAACUGUUCGAUAAAUUCAAGGUCCAUCUGGCAACACUCUGGGCGGCCUCUCAUCUAUUAUUCUUCCUAUGCAUGGAGGGGACUUGGUUUACAUCCAGCGUCGCAGGGAAUACGACCCUAUUUACAAUCCUUGGGUUCUCCUGGGCCAUCACCCAAUGGGCUCCAUUUGUUUUGCUUGCAGAGGCCAUCCUGUCGGAGUCGGCAGCGGUCGACGAUGCGUCCUCCAUUAGCUUGGGAGAUCAACGCACAAAUCACCCCCGUCACCUCCCGGACUCGGUGGAGGAGACACGACCUCUAUUCGGCGCAGCAGAGGAUGUGGACGCUCAGAUACCGUCCCGUGGUCAAUCAAGUGAAUCGUCUGCCCGAAGUUCCGCUCGGUCAUCACUAGAGGGGCACCGACGAGCAUCUUCAGCGUUAGGGAUUGUCCCAGAAUCGGACGCAAGAUUAAGCAGGUUGGACCUGCACGCACACGCGAUGGAUGCAGAGUCCGAACCAAGAUCUAUGGGCGCCAGCCUGGCCGCCAAAUCUGGCAUAAUUCUGGGCAUCCAUAACGUCUUUAUUGUGUUACCUCAGUUACUCUCAACUGGCUUCUCCUCCCUUGUGUUUGCUAUGUUGGAUCCUGAUAAAUCUGUACUUCAUGGUGAUCAUCCUGGAAGUAUCAAGCCCCCUUUUAAUGGAAGCUCCGAGUCUCUCCCACUUACAACUCCGUUGGUCCCAAGGCAGGGCACGGCGAUCCAGACGACGGGUACAGACGGGCCCAACACAUACGCCAUCAUCUUUCGGCUUGAUCGCAGACUUGGGGGACUUUCGGCCGCUGUGGCAUGCGUUCUUGCGUAUCGUUUGAGAAGAGAGCUAAAACGCCGAUGA